GCUUUUGUUCUUUUUAAGGCGAGGGGGGGAGAGAGAGGGGAAUUUAUCAAUAGCUUCUCUUUGCAACUUUCUACAUUCUGCCCUUUUGCCAUUCUUUUUCCUUUAUCUAUUUCCUUCCAGCUUCUCUUCCUCUAACAAAGCUGAGAACUUGUUUCUCAUUAGAUUUGCACUCUUCAAUCUUUGAACAGUGAGGUUUUGGAGUGUUUUAUGUAUUGGUUAUACAGAGUGAUUUUACAGAGAAAGGGUAGAUUGAAGAAGAAAAUUUUGUUUUGGAUCAAUGAGUAGGAAGAGAUCUAGUGCUGCUUCCUGGGGGAUAGAGAUUUUUCUGGGGUUGAUUUUGAUAUUUGCUGUCAGAAAUUCAGAUGCAUACACCAACCCUGGGGAUGUUGCGGCAAUUAAUAGUCUAUACAUUGCAAUGGGAUCACCCACUCUUCCCGGAUGGGUUGCUAGUGGUGGAGACCCAUGUGGUGAAGCUUGGCAAGGCGUCUCCUGUGACAACAUGAACAACAUAGUUUCAGUAAAACUCAAUGGUGCUAAUUUGGGAGGAGAACUGGGUGAUAACUUAGGAGCAUUUACUACAAUUACUACAAUAGAUCUGAGCAACAAUAACAUUGGAGGUAGUAUUCCAUCCAAUCUACCAGUUACCAUGCAGAACUUUUUUCUUUCAGAUAACAAGUUUUCCGGAAAUAUUCCUGAUUCUAUAUCCAGUCUAACACAGUUGUCAGCUAUGUCUCUGAACGACAACCAGUUAACUGGAGAAAUACCUGAUGCUUUCCAAGGACUUGCUGUUUUGGUCAACCUAGAUUUGUCGAGUAACAGUUUGAGUGGGCAACUGCCAUCAUCAGUACAAAACUUAUCUGCCCUAAGCACUCUCCAUUUGCAAAACAAUCAGCUUUCUGGAACUCUAAAUGUUUUACAGGAUCUUCAUCAACUAACAGAUUUAAAUGUAGAGAAUAAUCAAUUUUCAGGACCUAUACCCGAACAGUUGUUGAACAUUCCAAAAUUUAAAAAAGAUGGAAAUCCAUUUAACAACAGCAUUGCUCAGUCCCCUCCACCUGCAUCCUCAGCAAAACCACCUCCUGCACCGCCAUUUUUUGGGGCACCAACUUCUGUGCAGGCACCACCAACUUCUGGACGAACCCCUGGAAAGCAGGCUGAUGGACCAUCUGCAACUGCAGAAUCAAACAAUAAAACAACAAAGAAAAAAAGUUUAACCACCAAAAGGGUUGUCUGGAUUUCCAUUGCAGCCGUGUUAUCAUUUUUAAUAUUGGUAUUGGUGCUCCUCUUAUGUCUGCCAAGGCGCUUUAGACAGAGGCAUGAAACGCACAGAAUCCCCAAGCCUCAUGAAAUAGCUCCAUAUGUAGGAAACAGAGAGAAUCCUAGAGACAACAGUUCCUUGGACCAACCUGGUCAUCGUCAAGAGAAAGAUUCGCGGGUGCCAGUUGAAAUGCCAAAGGAAGAGCUUCAAACGGGCAAAAGAACAGGAGGUUUCAUUCCAAAGCCACAAAAUGUGGAGGCAGAUUCAAAAAAGAUGAGUGCAAUUCCAAAGAGAAAUGAUCAUGAGAUAGACAUGAGUAGAUUUGAUAUUGACUUGAUGUCACCACCGCCCCCACCACCUCCACCACCUCCACCUCCACCUCCACCUCCACCUCCACCUCCACCUCCACCUCCACCUCCACCUCCGCCACCACUGCCUCUUGUUCAGGAGAAGGUUGUUGUAAAGCCGCUUAACACAACUGAAGAUACAACAGUGAAGCCUACUGCCAGACAUCUUCCACGAACUUCCGUGAGGUCAUAUACAAUCGCAGCUCUUCAGCAAUAUACAAAUAGUUUUUCUCAAGAAAAUCUCAUUGGAGCUGGAAUGCUGGGGACUGUGUAUAAGGCUGAGCUUCCUAAUGGGAAGUUGCUUGCUGUCAAGAAACUGGACAAAAGGGUUUCUAAUCAACAAAAGGAUGAUGAGUUUUUGGACCUGGUUAACAAUCUUGACAGAAUUCGUCAUGCUAAUGUUGUUGAACUCAUGGGUUACUGUGCGGAACAUGGUCAAAGACUUCUGGUUUAUGAGUACUGCUGCAAUGGAUCACUGCAGGAAGCUUUGCACUCUGAUGAUGAUAUUAGAAAUCAACUUUCAUGGAAUGCCCGGAUCAGAAUGGCUCUUGGUGCUGCAAGAGCUCUAGAGUAUCUGCAUGAGAUCUGUGAGCCACCUAUCAUUCACAGGAACUUCAAGUCUGCCAAUGUUCUUCUUGACGAGGAGCUAGCUGUGCAUGUUUCCGAAUGUGGUUUGGCUUCUUUAAUUACAUCGGGCGCUGUUAGUCAGUUGUCAGGACAACUUCUUACUACAUAUGGAUACGGUGCCCCAGAGUUUGAGUCAGGAGUUUAUACUUCCAAAAGCGAUGUUUACAGCUUCGGGGUUGUGAUGCUGGAACUCUUGACUGGUCGAAUGUCAUAUGACAGGACAAGGGCUCGAGGAGAACAAUUUUUGGUCAGAUGGUCUAUUCCACAGCUUCAUGAUAUUGAUGCCUUAUCAAGGAUGGUUGAUCCUUCUCUGAAUGGAAGAUAUCCUGUUAAAUCUUUAUCUCACUUUGCUGACAUUAUUGCACGCUGUGUCCAGCCGGAGCCAGAGUUUAGGCCUCCAAUGUCUGAAGUUGUGCAGGAUCUCAUAGAAAUGAUACGGAGGGAAUCUCCAAACAGAUCAGAUGGCAACUGACUGAGAUUAUCAAACAAGAAAUGGUGAAUCAGUUUCUCUGAAGCUGCAAAACAGACAACAUUUUUUUUGGAAAUUGACUUGGGAUAAAUGAUCAGGAACCAACCAUGAACUCGAUUCGCCUGCUAACACUACUCUCAAUUCUUUCAUCAAGGGGGCGCCUGGAAGAAGGUUGCUAAUGAGUAGUUCAACAACCAUUUGGUUGUCUGGUAAUCCUGAUUCUUGGAAUUGGUUAACUAUCGACAUUCUAGUAUGACUUUUGCAGUGUGUAGAUCCACUUAAUCCAAUUGUUUGAUAGGUAUUAUUUAACAUUAAUUGUUGAUAGUGAAAAUCAUUUAGCUGUAUCUUGUUAUUGCUGGGCUACGCCCAUUAUUUUGUAUGGGUGUCUGGGGGCAGUGUUGAAAAGCCCUACAUUGUACAAUAAUUAGGGCCCUUAGUUAUAGUGUAUUUUGAUGAUGAUACCAAAUUUUGUUCAUCUGAGAAUGAAAACUUUUGCAAUUAUGUUAAAAGGUGGUUGUGCAAA